CGGCGGGAGCCGGAUCUGCCGGAGCCGGAGCCGGAGCCGGGACCUCGGCCAUGGCCGCGCUGGGGCUCGCGGCCCGCGUGCUUGCUCGGCAGGGCCGCCCGGUGGGGUCCCGGGCUUGCCUCGGGCCGGUCCGGGAGAACCACCAGACGUCCCUGCUGUGGCUGCGGGCCGCCCUCCCGGUGAGAGGAGAGCCCCUGAAGAAGAAGAAGAAGGUGGAUCCUAAGAAAGAGCAGGCCGCCAAGGAGCGGCUGAAGAAGAGAAUUAAGAGGCUGGAGAAGGCCACUCAGGAGCUGAUCCCCAUCGAAGACUUCGUCACCCCUGUGAAGUACCUGGCGGAGGAGAGGCAGCGCCCGCAGCUGGAGCUCCCCUCGGAGGACAGCGAAAGGAGGAUCUUCCUCAUGAAGAGGUGGGCCUUCUACAAGCAGCAGGAGCAGGAAGCCGAGCGGGAGAAGAUUGCCUCCAUGCUGGAGGCCCAGCAGGAAGCCCUGCGGGAGCUGCGCCUCGAGUCCGAGCAGCUCUACCAGGCGGCCGCCCGGCGAGACCAGGGCUUGUUUCCCUUUGAAAAGGAGGGCCCGAGCUACACGCCAGCCACCCCCGGCUACCAGGCGCCCGAGGGCAAAUACAACGAUGUCACCAAAGUCUACGUGCAGGGGGAGAAGAGAUAGGUCCCAGGGCCACCGCCGGGGUCAGGGCUGACCGUGUCCUUCGUCACGUCCCCUGAAGGGGCACCCGUCCUGCGGUCUCUGGGCCUCGGACCUCCCCCCGUGGCCGCCGCAGCGCUUCGAGAAAAGGCCAAGACGGCCCCUGCCACACGGAGCUCCCCUUCCUGCGUAGCUUAGAGAUGGGGAGGUUCCAGGGGGCGGAGGAGCCGAGUUCUGGGGCUUGGGGGUCUCUGCCCUUCAUACCAACGUAAAUUGCUUUUAACAAACGAACAGUGAUUUUAAAUACUUUUAGCUACCGGAACGAGUUUUUAUUAUGGAGAAAAUAAAUGGAAAAAUUGCUUUAAGGACCCCAA